AACGAAAUGGUAAAUAAAAAUUCUGAUGUUAUAAUUAAUAAUCCUGCUGCACUAUUUUAAAGUAAACUUAUACAAUAUAAUAUAUCUAUGUCUGUUUUUUUUUCUUUUUAUAUCUGUCACCAAAAUAAUCAAAAUCAUAUUAUUGCUUCCAGUGAAUACGGAUGUACUAGAAUACAUUGUGAUCAUAGAGGUGAAUGUGUCACAAAUGAUUUUGUUUGACCAAAUCAAAUCAUCACUGGAGUCUAUAAGUCUUUUACAAAUAGACAACACCAUAGAAAUUGAUGGGUUGAACAUUACAACAGUGUGCCAGGCAAAUGAAUCUGAAUAUCAGUGCAUCUGUGAGGAUCAGUAUGUUUGGUCAUACUAUAACUGUAUUACUUAUGAUGCAUGUGAUAACCUAAAUGAAGGAACAUGUACCUGUAUCAGUGCCAUUCCCAGUGAUGCACAGAUGUGUGUGCCAAAAAGUGAACUACCGGGCUUUGACUUCCUGAUUGAAAUUGAGAUAAAUGCUACAAGCACAACAAUGAUAGAUGAACUGAGAAACCUCCUAGUAAUACUCAGUCUCCCAAUUUCAUCUGUUCAUGUAGCAGAAAUUACAGAUGUGGACAUUACAACAGUGUGUAGAUUGAAUGGUACUGAAUAUCAGUGCAGGUGUGAGGAUCAGUAUUUCUGGCCAUGUGAAAAGUGCACAGUAUAUGGGUCUUGUGAUGAACUCAACAGUGCCUCAUGUGGCUGCAUCAAUGCUAUUCCAAAUGAUGGACACUUCUGCCAACCAAUCAGUGAGCUGUCUACUGAAUAUCUGACUGAUAUCGAAAUUGACGCAGUAGAUAUAACAGUCUUGAAACUCCUGAGGAACCUUUUGGAGGCACUCAGCUUACCCUUAAUAAAUAGUAACAUCAAUAUCACUGAAAUACACAUCACUACAGUGUGCAGUUUGAAUGGUACUGAAUAUCAGUGCAGGUGUGAGGAUCAGUAUUUCUGGCCAUGUGAAAAGUGCACAGUAUAUGGGUCUUGUGAUGAACUCAACAAUGCCUCAUGUGGCUGCAUCAAUGCUAUUCCAAAUGAUGGACACUUCUGCCAACCAAUCAGUGAGCUGUCUAGUAUGUAUGAUAUGUAA